AUGAAACUAAUAUUAGGUCGACUUAGACCACAAUCGGGUAAUAUAUUUAUACACAAAAAUGAUAGCAAACAACUAAAUGGCAACCUAUUGGCAAAUACGGGCGGUCCGGACAAAUGUUUCAUAUAUUAUGGACUCAUAUAUCAAUUGAAUAGUCAAUCAGUUAACAAUCGUAUGGAUGAGUUGAAUGAAUUGUUUCAAUUGCCAUCAAUGGAUCAAAGUGUGGGCCAAAUACUAGCACUAUUGGGCUGUAAUGGGUCGGGAAAGACAACAUUAAUGAAACUAAUAUUAGGUAGACUUAGACCACAAUCGGGUAAAAUAAUUACGAAAAUUGAUAGCAAACAACUAAAUGGCAAACAAUUGGAUAGUAUCGGUCCGGGUGUGGGAUAUAUGCCACAAGAAAUAGCACUAUUCAAUGAUUUUAAUAUCAAACAAAUGUUUCAUUAUUAUGGACUCAUAUAUCAAGUGGACAGUCAAACUGUUGACAAUCGUAUGGAUGAGUUGAUUGAAUUGUUUCAAUUGCCAUCAAUGGAUCAAAGUGUGGGUACUAUGAGUGGUGGACAACAAAGAUUAGUAUCGUUGGCCAUAACACUAAUACAUUCACCAAAACUAUUACUAUUGGAUGAGCCGACAGUCGGUGUCGAUUCAAUACUUAGAGACCGUAUUUGGCAUUAUUUGGAUCAACUGUGUCAUGAAAAUAACACAACAGUUAUCAUAACUACUCAUUACACUGAAGAGGCCAGACGUGCAGAUUCAGUGGCUUUUAUAUAUAAUGGCAAUUGUCUGGCAAAUCAAUCGCCUAAUAAACUACUAGAAACCUACAGGUGCUCAACACUGGAUGAUGUCUACUACGAGUUAGUUCAGGAAUCGAUGGCUACUAAUAAUAAUAAUAAAACUGAUGAUCAAACAGUUGUUGUCUUCAAUAGCAAACAAUUAUUCAAAUUUCAUUGUAUUCAAGCACUGGUAAUGCGAAACUUGAUUGAAACAAAAUGCCGUCCCUGGGCCUACCUGUGCUACUAUUUGCUACCAUUUACUAUUAUAUAUCCAUCCUAUAUAUCAUUCAAUGAACCACACAAUAUGCCCGUCGCUUACGAUUCAUUGGUUUCGGGUAGAAAUCAUUUAGCAAUUAUAAUCAACAACGGGUUUAGCGAUCAAAUUGAUAGUCUAGUUCAAAAUGGUACCAUAAUUAUUGAUGAUUAUGAUUAUGAUAUGUCGACAACUACUAACCACACAUUAAUCAGUUUGUUUGCCGAUAUGACUAAUCCUAUGUAUACAACAUGCCUAUUGAUAUAA